AUGCAACUCAAGUUCUCUGAUUUCGGUACUCAGAUGAGUAAUCAAUUUGAGGCGUUAACAGCAACUUUGAUGGGAAAAUUGGAAUCUCUGAAUUCCAAGAACACUCAGCAACCAGAACCUGUGGUGGCCGCAAACCCUAGUGGCAGUGUAUUGGGGCCAAAACCUAAUGAAGAUGUUAAUUCGGGAGGGAAAAAAUGUCAAGAAUCAAGACCUGAGGUAAUUGUGGUAGAUCCAGCUCUGGCAACGUCCAAUUGGGGAAAAGACAAGAUGGUUGUUAGCAAGAUUCCUCAUUAUACCUUACCACAGGAAGCAGAGAACAGUCCCAUGUGA